AGUCCCGAAGGCCACGCCUCCACCCCCGCGGCCGGCGCGGGCUGUGGUAGCACCUCAGUGGUGCGGGCCUGCGUCCUGCUCAGGUGGCCACAGUGUUGCCGGGCCGCCCGCGAUUCCUCUCGCCAUGGGGGAUUCCAACGUGGAUGCCAGCGCCACAGUGUCUGAGACGGUGGCUGAAGAAGUGUCUCUUUUCAGCAUGACGGACAUGAUUCUGUUUUCACUCAUCGUGGGCCUCCUGACCUACUGGUUCCUCUUCAGAAAGAAAAAAGACGAAGUCCCCGAGUUCACCAGAAUUCAGCCAGUGACCUCCUCUGUCAAAGACAGCAGCUUUGUGGAAAAGAUGAAGAAGACGGGCAGGAACAUCAUCGUGUUCUACGGCUCCCAGACGGGGACGGCGGAAGAGUUUGCCAACCGCUUGUCCAAGGACGCGCACCGCUACGGGAUGCGGGGCAUGGCUGCAGACCCCGAGGAGUAUGACUUGGCCGACCUGGGCAGCCUGCCGGAGAUCGAGAACUCCCUGGCGGUGUUCUGCAUGGCCACCUAUGGUGAGGGGGACCCCACGGACAACGCACAGGACUUCUACGACUGGCUCCAGGAGACAGAUAUGGACCUCUCCGGAGUCAAGUAUGCGGUGUUUGGUCUCGGGAACAAGACCUACGAGCACUUCAAUGCCAUGGGCAAGUAUGUGGACAAGCGGCUGGAGCAGCUCGGCGCCCAGCGGAUCUUCGAGCUGGGGAUGGGCGAUGACGAUGGGAACCUGGAGGAGGACUUCAUCACGUGGCGAGAGCAGUUCUGGCCGGCUGUGUGCGAACACUUUGGGGUGGAAGCCACCGGAGAGGAGUCCAGCAUUCGCCAGUACGAGCUCGUGGUCCACACAGACAUAGACGUGGCCAAGGUGUACACGGGAGAGAUGGGCCGACUGAAGAGCUACGAGAACCAGAAACCCCCCUUUGAUGCCAAGAAUCCGUUCUUGGCUGAGGUCACCACCAACCGGAAGCUGAACCAGGGAACUGAGCGACACCUCAUGCACCUGGAAUUAGACAUCUCAGACUCCAAACUCAGGUAUGAAUCUGGGGACCAUGUGGCCGUUUACCCAGCCAAUGACUCUGCCCUGGUCAGCCAGCUCGGCAAGAUCUUGGGUGCUGACCUGGACGUCAUCAUGUCCCUGAACAAUCUGGACGAGGAGUCCAACAAGAAGCACCCCUUCCCCUGCCCCACCUCGUACCGCACGGCCCUCACCUACUACCUGGACAUCACCAACCCGCCACGCACCAAUGUGCUCUACGAGCUGGCACAGUACGCCUCGGAGCCCUCUGAGCAGGAGCACUUGCGCAAGAUGGCGUCCUCCUCGGGCCAGGGCAAGGAGCUGUACCUGAGCUGGGUGGUGGAAGCUCGGCGGCACAUCCUGGCCAUCCUGCAGGACUACCCGUCCCUGCGGCCCCCCAUCGACCACCUGUGUGAGCUGCUGCCUCGUCUCCAGGCCCGCUACUACUCCAUCGCCUCAUCCUCCAAGGUCCACCCCAACUCUGUGCACAUCUGUGCCGUGGCGGUGGAGUACGAGACCAAGUCUGGCCGCAUCAACAAGGGGGUGGCCACCAGCUGGCUACGGGCCAAGGAGCCUGCAGGGGAGAACGGCCGCCGGGCCCUGGUGCCCAUGUUUGUGCGCAAGUCCCAGUUCCGCCUGCCCUUCAAGGCCACCACCCCUGUCAUCAUGGUGGGCCCUGGCACAGGGGUGGCACCCUUCAUAGGCUUCAUCCAGGAGCGGGCCUGGCUGCGGCAGCAGGGCAAGGACGUGGGGGAGACGCUGCUCUACUACGGCUGCCGCCGGUCUGACGAGGACUAUCUGUACCGCGAAGAGCUGACUCAGUUCCACAAGGACGGCUCCCUCACCCAGCUCAACGUGGCCUUCUCUCGGGAGCAGCCCCACAAGGUCUACGUGCAGCACUUACUGAAGAGGGACAAGGAGCACCUGUGGAAGCUGAUCCACGAGGGGGGUGCCCACAUCUACGUCUGCGGGGAUGCUCGAAACAUGGCAAGGGAUGUGCAGAACACCUUCUACGACAUCGUGGCCGAGGUGGGGGCCAUGGAGCACGCCCAGGCCGUGGACUACAUCAAGAAGCUGAUGACCAAGGGCCGCUACUCCCUGGACGUGUGGAGCUAGGGGCAGCCCGGCCCUGCCCCUCAAGCCCCACAGACUUGCUUCUCCCUGUAAUCACCUUCCUCGCUCCCUUCUGCCAGUCUCCUGGCUGGUUUCUUGCCGCGGGAGGUGGGCCGAGGGACCGGUCCAGGCCCCAGACGCACCCUCUGGAGCACCCCGGCCCCAGGGCAUGUGGUCAGGGGAGACCAGGGCCUGUGUUGUGUGAACAUCUCCGGCCCUUGGUGGCUGUACAGAAGGGGCUCUUCUCAGCUGAGCUGGGGCCUAGCCCCUCCGCAUUAUUUUCAAUGACUGUAAAUAAUUUUAAAUAAUCUCUGGUCCUUGGAAUAAAGUUCUGUUUUCUGUA